AUUGAACUUUGAACAGUGUGGCUAUGAUGACGUGACUGAUAAACACACAUUUCUGAGGCAUAGAAGGGAGAGAUAAACCUCAAGCCAUGUAGAUUUUCAUUUCAGCUGUAGCUUGAGGAAUCCAGCUGUUGUUAUCUGCCUGAUUAUACGACAAGCGUCACAUGCUAAAGUCAUUUUCCUUCCUCUUCAGAUGACAAAAAACUGAAUUAACUUCUCAAGUUCACAAGACCAUGACUAUCGGCAGAAGCUCCAAGAAAAACAAGGCCCCUCGUUCUCCUCCUUUUCUGGACAAGGCUAAUGGAUUCUACGGCCGUCUGGAUGAGAUAGGUGGAGAUGAUGUACAGGUCGAGGGUAUAAUCACUGAAGACCAAAUGGGAACCUCGAACAGAGGAGAGAACCAGACAGGGACGGACAACACAUCAGGCUGGAUGGAAGAGGAGGACCAUGCGAUUGACUUUAACCAGGGAAUGAUGGAUGACGAUGGUACCACCUUACUGAAGAGAAAGCCAAGCCGACUAAGUCGCCGCUGGAGCAGAAAAAGUUCCAGGAAGCCUAAAUCUUCCCCAGGAAAAGAAGCACAAAAGCAAAGCGCUGAGACUGAUAACAAAGAGAUGCCACCAACAGCCCAAAGUCUGGAGGCAACAAACAGCGGAGAACCAGAAAUGGUCCACUUUUAUAUAAAAGAGCAUGCGGAUGAUCAGAUUCUGAUUUCAAGAAAGAGCGAACGGGAAAAGGAGCUGGAAGAUGCAAGAAAAGAGACGGAAGGGAAAUUGAAUGGAGAUUCAACAGAGAUUGUAAAGAGGAAUACUCUCAACAAUUAUUGCAAGGCUGUUGACAGAGCUUUCCGAAGAGGAUGGGAGACUUUCAUUACCAAUCUGUAUAGUGUGACCCUGACACCGAUCUCAUCAACAUCUUCCUCACCAUCAGUCAAAUCCAAACUGAACAGAAAUCGUGCUUUAGCAGAGUUCAGAUAAAAGCAGACUGAUUGUAGGUUAAAAUCUAGCAGUUUUUUUGUUUAAUUUAAAUGCACUCUGAUAUUUAAUAUGCUUCUAUCUUUGUGUAGAACUGAUCAGCACUUAAUUUGUUUUAGACUGAUCAUUAUGUAACCAGACAACAGGGGUCAAUAUGUUUCAUCAGUUUAUUAAGUUAUUGCAGUAAGUAUAGGGGCAUGUUGCUGAUCUUUGUUCCCUCAGGGGAAAACAUGAGGCCUGUGCUCUUGAUAAUCUCAUAUGGAAAGAUUGUUUGAGUCCGGAUGGGAUUAUUUUUUGAGCUGUGAACAUUAUUGUGGCGUUUCUGUACUGUGGCCUUGAACUUGUGUUCUUUCCAAAUACCAAAGGGUUAACUUUAACAAAACAAUUUUGGGAGCUCAAAACGCUUUAAAGAAAUUAUUUCAACAGGUACAACAUUAUUGGCAGUGAAGUAUGUAAUAAAACUGAGCCACGAAAUGAAGUAAAGAUGUUAGACUGUGUUCUGUAGCCUUAUUUCACUCCACAAUCUUCUAAUUCACCAAUAUGAUGUUAGAAAACUGUGGGUUUGUAUGUUUUAAAGGUGUCUGUCUUUUUGUUGUAAUGUCCUGUUUUAAAUGCAUUCACAUCAAGGCAAUACUUGUAAUAAAAAAGCAAAGAGAAAAACAAUAUUGUCAGUUAUUUAAAACUUUACAACCCUUAAUAUUGCAUACCACUGGGCAUCUUUAAAUGAAAAACGAGCAUACUGUUUACUGCAUGUACACGUCUCAGUAUACAUGUAAAGAAAUGAAACGGUACAAGUAUAAACGUGCAAUUAUAAAAAUGUUAUAAUUUUUUAAUAUUACUUCUUGUAUGCUACAUUGUUGUUACAUGAGCUUGUUAUGUACUGUACAUUUGUACCUUAGGGAGUGAUGUCGCUGUA